UAUUAUUGUUAUUAUUAUUAGUAGUAGUAGUAUCAUGAUAAUUAUGAUUAGAAUUAGAGGGCUGAUCUCGAUGAUGUCACUCUCCUGAAGGACCUGUAGUAUAUUUGUAGUAGGCUGGUAGAAGUGACAUCGAUGACUGACAUCAGCCAUGUCUAAGAGAAUUGCAGAAAACAAAGAGAAGAACCAGGUUCAUCAAGAUGCCAUUCAUGUGGAGAAUAUACGAAAAGAACAGAGAAACCAGACAGUUCACACUGAGUUCAGCAUCAACCCAUUCAAAAAAUUACAUGUCCUGACAGAUAAACCCACAGACCCAAAACCAACAUAUGUGACUGAAAACAAAUUGGAGUUCUCAGAGGCCUUACGCAGGGCACGACGAGUACCUAAGGAGAAGUACCCAAGGCCGCAGACUGAGAGUCAGGAGAUAGGAUGGAGGUUAGAUCCACUGAUUCCAAUGGACAGCCUUAGAGAGAGGUUCAACUUCCACCGAAAGCGCACUGACAUCACUAAAAACAAAUGAUCCGCAAGUGGUCCCCUCACUCUGUGUUUGAAAUGAGAGACAAAUAGUUACUCAGGCACAAUACUCGCCUCUCUGAUGCUGUAAUUUCUCAACCAGGGACUAAAUGACAACUCAGAGGGAACCCUGCUGGAAGCAUUCACCUACCAGAUGUUUCAGUUGCCUAUAAGAUCAAAUGACGGUGACAAGAUAUUUACUGAGAGAUAGAACAUAAUCAAAUACUUCCUGUUCUUUAUAACAAGUCUAUAGGUCAUAACCUACUUCAUGGUACAUUGAAAACUGUGGUUGCUCUUGUUAAUGGUAGAAAACAAUAAUGUUAAUACAUCUGUUUGAUUCUGUCUCUCUUCAAAUGAAUUUCUGUCUUUGCCUCUCUCCAGUCUCUUCUUUUCUCCUGUGCCUUGGAACCAGAACUCUCCUGAUGAUGUCCACCGACCUGUGGAUGAAUUUACGUCUUUACCGCUUCGUGCAUGGAAAGAUCGCCCAAACAUGAAAUCAACUGAUCUCUCUCUCUCUUUCUCUGUCUACCUCUCUCGCUUUCUUUCCCCUUGUCUCUCUCUUCCGUCACAUCAGUUGAAUAAAUGUUCUC